UUACAGAGUUCGCUCGUUACAGCCGUUCUUCGCGGGGUCGUUCGUGUGGUGCACUGCUAAAUGUGUGUGUGUGUGUGUGUCUGCUGACCGGAAUAAUCGUGUAGCGGCGAUGUGUGUAUCCCUCGGUGUGUGUGUGCUUCUCAGUCUCUGGCUGAUGAAUGAUUGAACGCUGGAGUGUUUUCAUCACCUGAAGAUCACACAGAGAUCAUGAAUGAAGCAGAAGCAGAGUCCUGCAGGAUCAAGCAGGAGGUCAUCGAAGAAAAGAUAGACCUGAUGGAAGAGAUUAAGGAGAUAAAUGAAGUGAUUGAAGCGGGGAAGAAACAUCAUGACAUCGAAACUGAUGAAACAUCCUUGAGUCCCUCGUGGGAAACCAGACCCGAAAUAUGUUUCAUUUGCCCUCAGUGUGGAGAGAUUUUCACAUCCAAAGAAAGUCUUAAUCUUCACAUAAAAUUUGAAAGCGGAAUGAAGCCACACGCAUGUGAUCUCUGCGAGAAGACUUUCAGUCAAAAAGCAAGCCUUACCAGACACAAGAAAAUCCACACUGACGAGAAGCCACACGCAUGUGAUCUCUGCGAGAAGACUUUCAGUCAAAAAGCAAACCUUGCCAGACACAAGAAAAUCCACACUGACGAGAAGCCACACUCAUGUGAUCAGUGCGGGAAUAAGUUCAGAAAUAAAGGAAACCUAAAUGAACACAUGAAAAUCCACACUGGAGCAAUGCCGUUCACGUGUGAUCAGUGUGGGAAGAAGUUCAGACAUAAAGGAAGCCUCAAUACACACAUGAGAAUCCACGCUGGAGAGAGUGAAACCACUGAAGAUAAACCGCACACAUGCAGUCAGUGUGGAAAGAGAUUCAGACUAAAACACCACCUCGAUCGACACAGGAAAGUCCACACCGGAGAGAUGCCGUACACGUGUGAUCAGUGCGGGAGGAAGUUCAGACAUAAAGAAAGCCUCAAUAUACACAUGAGAAUCCACGCUGGAGAGAGUGAAACCACUGAAGAUAAACCGCACACAUGCAGUCAGUGUGGAAAGAGAUUCAGACAAAAACACCGCCUCGAUCAACACAUGAGAAUCCACACCGGAGAGAAACCGCACUCGUGUGAUCACUGCGGGCAGAGUUUCACACGAAAACAGCGACUUAAUGAUCAUAUAAAGAUCCACACAGGACAAAACCUGCACACCUGUGCACAGUGCGGGAAGAGUUACAGAAACUUAAGUGUUUUCAAAGUACAUCUGCUCCAUCAUUCUAGAGACAGGAUCUAUAACUGUGACCAGUGCAGUAAAAGGUUUUUUAGGCCAGAUAACCUGAGGGAGCACAUGAAAACCCAUUCAGAGGAGAGGCCUUACGUGUGUUAUUUGUGUGCAAAGAGCUUUAGACAUCUGAAUUGUUUAAAAACACACCAGAAAAGACACAGCGGUGUGAAGGACCAUACUUGCUCUGAGUGCGGAAAGACUUAUUUUAACCUUUAUGCACUGAAACGGCACCAGACCGUUCACACCAGAGAAAAACCUUACCAGUGUUCACACUGUGACAAGAGAUUCAGUAUUUUAGGAUACCUGAAAAGACAUGAGAGUUUUCACACUAGCUAAAAGCCCUAUCACUGACAGUCCUGUGAAGAGUUUCAUCCGAUUAUCUUCUCUACUCAGUUAUACGAAUAAAACCGAUCAGAUCUGAUACUCUCAGGAGUCUUUGUAGCAACCUGUGUGUGUGUGUGUGUGCGUGUGCAUGGCUUAAGGAGAGCAGCCCUACCUUUUGUGUAGUUUUAUUUUCUUUCCUAAAUAUUCAUGCAUUUAUUGUCAUUUUUGGUGUUUGUAUAUUUUAUAAUUAUGAAAUGUUAAGAUAAGCUCUAGUCAUGACGAAGCAUCAGGAUUGAAAAUUAGUCACAGAAAUAAAGCGUUAUGAAGAUAGUCUGCUCUU